CGACUGGGCGGCUCGAGUGCCGGCCGGACCUCUGUAGGGGUGUACCAGGUGUACCAAGCGCUUCCGUGUGUGUGGCUCCAGGGACCAAACUUAUUCGUGAUGACAAGCACCUUUAAUCCACUGAGUCAUCUUGCUGGCCCAAACACCGUAUGUUUUUUAGUUUCCCUUUUUAAAAAGUUCUAGGAAGUCACCUUUGUAUUGACUGUAUGGCCUCGCUGGUGGCAUAUGACGAUUCUGACUCCGAGUCCGAGGCUGACUCUGCCAGAAGUGGGGAUGCUGCAGGUCAGAUAAGUGAUGCCUCUGGUAUGAGCAGACCUUCUGGGAUGGGGUUUGCAUCUAGCACAGUGACCAAAGAGGUGGCACAGCACACAAGGAACACUCCUUAUGAAGGUCCAGGGAAGCAACGUUUGCCGCUGGCUCGGCUCUGGAGAAGUGACCCUGGGUCUUGUCCCAACCAGAGGCUACACUGGCCCUCAGAGGAACCUGACAUCACCUUCCCUACCAGUGAGCCUCCCCGACCUUCUCUGUGGAUGAGCCGAGCUCCAGUUGUCCAUGUGCCCCUAGCAGCUGCCUGCCUUAAGCCCCUACGACCUGCCUGGGAUACCCUCAGACCGUCUCAUGAUCAAAGCAAACUUGAAAGCACUGCUGGAAAUGCCAGCUCUUCUCAGAGAAAAAGGGGUGAGGAUUGUGUGCUUCCCUAUGUCCCCAAGAGACUGAGGCAGCUGCAAGCGCUGAAUCCAGAAGCCAGUGGGGGCAAAGAUGUAGAGCCCCUGGGGUCCUCUGCAGGGUGUGCCCCGGCCCCACUCUGCGUGGCUCCCACAGUGUCCGAGUUCCUCCAGCCAUAUUUGAACAAUCAGUACAGAGAGACUACGGUUCCCAGGAAAGUGCUUUUCCACCUUCGAGGCCACAGGGGCCCAGUCAACAGCAUUCAGUGGUGUCCAGUCUUUUGCAAGAGCCACAUGCUUCUCUCUGCUUCCAUGGACAAAACCUUCAAGGUGUGGAAUGCUGUGGACUCCGGGCACUGCCUGCAGACCUACUCUGUGCACAGUGAGGCGGUGAGGGCUGCGCGGUGGUCUCCCUGUGGCCGGCGCAUCCUCAGUGGUGGCUUCGACUUUGCCCUGCACCUAACAGACCUCGAAACAGGAACCCAAGUGUUUAGUGGUCAGAGUGACUUCAGGGUCACCACCUUGAAAUUUUAUCCGAAAGACCACAACGUGUUUUUAUGUGGCGGCUUCAGCUCUGAAAUCAAAGCUUGGGACAUGAGGACUGGCAAGGUGGUAAAGGGCUACAAGGCCACCAUCCAGCAGACCCUGGACAUCCUCUUCCUCCACGAAGGCUCUGAGUUCCUUAGCAGUACUGACGCAUCCACUCGGGACUCUGCUGACCGGACCAUUAUUGCCUGGGAUUUCCGGACCGCUGCCAAGAUCUCCAACCAGAUCUUCCAUCCACCCAUGGCUUUGAUAAUAGCACCUCAUGGAGUACUAAGAAGUAGAGAAGAGAGAAGGCUUAUAAAGAUCGAGCACAGUGUCGGGCACAGAGAGUCCUCGUGACAGUAGAAUUGUUGGGACCAGCUCAACACCAUCAUUGCUACCAACCUCACCAUUGCUGUGAUCACCACCUCUAUCCUACCACCAUGUCACCAUCCAUCACCAUGGUCACCACCACCAACUCCACCACCAUCUCCAUCACAACCACGGUAAUGGUCACCACUGCCAUCACCGUUUGUGCUCGCUGUCACUGCCUUUUGGUUAUGUUCCAUAUAUGUCACACACACACACACACACAACAUAUUUCAGUUUGCCGCAGGCUCACAGAUGACUCUACAAAAUGGAAAGGGGUAAAGGAAUGAGGACCCCUCCAUGCCCUGCAGAAGGGACGUCUUGUGUCGACACCCUGGUUAGCCCACUGGGAUCUACCUCAGGCCGCAGAGCAGCAGGAUAAAGUAGUAGUGUUGUUUGUAGCUCCCGAGUGUCCGGUAGCUUGUUACAGCAGCAGCCGCCCACACAGACUCCUAAGC